UUAAACAAAUUAGUGUGACACUAUGUCUUUACAUGAUGCGGUUUUAUCGCACGAUAAAUGUAUGAUAACCGCUGCGGUUAAAUGUGUUUCACUCUUCUAAAUGGAAAAAACAUAUCUUUGUUGCGGUUCCUUAGAAAUGUGACGUAACCAAUACACUACUUCUCAAAAAUCUCUAAGAUAAUGCAAUGACACAUUUCAAAACCUACCGAAUCCUUCUCUUAACAUUAGUCUUCACUUGUCUCAUCCUGUCCUUAGUUUUCCUGAGCUCCUCAUCCAACGCCAAGUUUCCAGAACUCUCUACGGAAGGUAUCAAUGUGACUGAAAAAUAUCCAGGGGCGUUCAUUCAUCAGAUGCAUCCGAAAGCUUCAAACACAACUUACUGCAAGUUCAACUAUAAGCUGCCUUUCGAUUUAAACUUGAACCCGAAUAAGGUUGGUUUUGGACCUGAGGAGGGAACUAACAGUUCUUAUAGAGUGCUAUACAAUGUGAUUGAAGCUAGAUUAGGAGCAGGUGUGCCUGGUAUCACUUAUGCCACUCACGUGACUGCGGACUUUGUAAAUUAUAUUCCAGAAUUAGUAAGGUAUUGGGAUGGCCUUAUAAGCGUAGCAGCGUUCGUUCCAGACACAGACGUAGCCUUAGUCUUGGAACAAAUCAACCAGUACUGUUAUUGUCUUCCAGGAAUGUCGCGUGUCUCUCUGCACCUGGUUUAUCACAAAAAGGUGCCACCGUCUCGAAGGGACGUUUACUUCGCCAGGCCUGAGAGCUGUUUCACAGAGGACUCUUCGAAAUUCCAGACGCAUAGGAACACGGACGAAAAAGUAGUCUACCCGAUAAACGUAUGUAGAAAUGCAGCCAGAGCUGCAUCGUUAACUGACAACGUGUUAGUGUCCGACAUCCAGCUCAUGCCUAGCGAGAACCUAGCGCAAAAGUUUUGGGAUAUGAUGAACGCCUUUAAAUACGCCGACUGUCCAAAUAAGGUCUUCGUCAUUCCAAUAUUUGAAGUUGAGUCAACGGUGGAUAUUCCCAGAACGAAAAAGGAGUUGGUGCAAUUGAUAAAGGAGAAAAAGGCUGUAUAUUUUCAUAAGAUGAUCUGCACACAUUGUCAAAGGUUUCCAGGUAUUGAAGGAUGGAUGGAAACAGAUCCUGGAGACAGCAUUAAGCCUCUGUUGACUGCCAGAAGGGAAGUACCUUUCCAUAGAUGGGAACCCAUUUAUAUCGGCACAAAAAGUGAACCGUUUUAUAACGAAAAAUUAUCAUGGGAAGGAUUGCAGGAUAAAAUGUUACAGAUGCUCGAAAUGUGCCUUAUAGGAUAUAAAUUUGUUAUUUUGGAUGGACCUUUCUUGGUACACUGGCCCGGCAUUAAAAAAACGAAAACCAAGGAUGGGGAGGCUUGGAGAGACGAAUUCGUAAAGAAGAACUCUGUCGAAUAUCAGAAAAUUCUUCAAGUUUUGUCAAAAAAAUAUAAACCUAACCCUCAAUGCAAAGUGCAGUAGUGGGCUUAUAAAAAUUUAGAUUCUAUAUUAUUUAUUCUACAUUAUUUAUUAUUUUAUAAUUAGGUGAUAUAUAACAAGCAAUUUCAGUAAGACUCUUACAAAUUUUACCAGGAUAUGAAUUAACUGUUUUGCAAUAAUCGAGACAGUAUUAUUUUACCGUCCUUAUUCACGCUCAUUUUUUAUGAAGAUAUUAGUGAUAUCAUUUGCAAGUUGUUAAACUUUAUUACAUAUCUUACGGAUAUUUGUGAAUGGUUAAAAUCUUAUCUUGUUGAAAUUUGAAAUUUUGAAUAGAAUAGCAAAAUAAUGAAAAUAUUAAAAGAAACCAUGUCAAAACUUAAAACUAU